CCGCUUCAAGCUUACUUGUUUUUAAAAAUGCUCUUCAAGAUCCAAUCUUGAAAGCAAAGAAGAAAAUUCAAAAUACGCCGGGAGAUAUCUGAAGGGGCGGAUUUAAAGAAAUUUCUUAAAUAAUGGGUACAGGUGGAUGGAGUACGCUGCCUGGCGCCUGAAACCUGGUGCCCUGAAGGUUAAAUAUUAAUGAGCGGCCAGAUUGUGACUAACGCCCGGCAGAGGACGCGAUACCUUGGUUCAGCCUGCAUCUAAAUGAGGUGACUGCUGAAGUACACGAGCACUUUGAACAUGCCUCAUCAUUUCAUCCUACUUCCAUACCCAUCGACCGAAAACGCGAAUCUGACAGCGAUGGAUGUCGCGGAACUAGCCGAAGCAUUCAAGCAGCCCUCCAACCAUGGGCAGCUUAUGCAGCGUGUGCAAGAACUUAUGGGCCAGGGCAUAGACGUCUCCUCUACAUUUGCCGCCGUAGUAUCGUCCGCAUCGACACGCGACAUUACCAUAAAGAAGGCUGCCUACGCAUUUCUAGCCAAGUACGGCCGUACGAACGAGGAACUGUGCUUCUUGAGCAUCAACACCUUGCACCAGGACUGUGCUGAUCUCGACCCGAUGGUGCGAUCUCUCGCUCUGCGCACUCUGUGCUCGCUUGGACAACGAAGCGUAUUGCGGUUUUUACUGCAGCCUCUGAGUAAGGGGUUUCAGGAUAAAAAUGCGCAUGUCAGGAAGACAGCGGUCAUGGCUUGCAUCUCGCUCUUUGAGCUGGAUCCAAUCUUUGUUCUUGAGAGUGAGAUUGUAGACAAGCUCUACGAAAUGCUGCGUGAUCGAGACACUCAAGUGGCUGUGAAUGCGAUUCUGGCGUUGGAGACCAUCCUUGCGGACGAAGGUGGGAUCGUAAUCAACCAGAACAUUAUGGCACAUCUCAUUCGGCGUUAUAAAGACUGGAACCCAAGUCAGUUACAGGUCAUCCUCGGAGUUCUCUGUCGGUAUAAACCACAGACUAACGACGAAAUCUAUGAGAUUAUGAAUAACGUAGAUGAGGGGCUACAGCAUCCAUCGCUUGCGGUCCAAAUGGCUACACUGCGGUUGUUUAUCUGGCUGUGCCAAGAUCUGAACGAAAUCCAAGAAGAUCUUCAAAAGACGAUGGAAGAAACCCUGCUCAAGCACCUGAACUCCUCCAUACCAGAGUUGGUCCAUGCGUCUUUAUGUCAUCUUGCGCUCGUAGUAGAAACUACUGGAAGACUUCAGCAUAACGCCACGCAAGACCUCUCCGCGUUGUUCUGCCGGGCAACCGAUUCAAGCGUGAUUAAGUUUCAAAGGCUGAACCUGUGCACCACAGUCGCCCUAUCAACUGCUAUAUCGGAUUCAGCAUCGACCUUCAUCCUGGAGCACAUGUGCGAAGUCGCUGGGAUGAAGUCCCUGAUGCUGCUGCAAAAACCAUCUCGGGCCAAAUUGGAUAGACACUCGAUUGAGGCGCAUGUGGAAGUGGCAGUUCGGGCUAUCGAGGCAAUCGGAAGUAUCGGAUCCAAUAUGCGUCCUCAUCACAGAGCCCUUGUCUCAGAUUUAGCGUCUCCUUCUGGAAUGGACCUCAACUUGAGUCGACAACUAGGCGAGCAAAGAGAAUCGAAUAUCACAAAGAUCUGUCUUGAGAGAUUGUUCCGUCUAUUAGUCUUGUUCUCGAACAUGGAGCACGUACUGGAGGAAGACAGCGCACGCAAGGAAAAAUAUAAGAAGGUUGGCAUGAUUGACAGUUUGAUGCCUACGAAUAUCGGAGACUUGGAUUUGGAUGACUCUCAGACCGCGCUGCUGUUGUCAACAGUCCUGACAUCUAUCGAACGUAAGCGCAAGAUGCGCAGGAAUGAAAUUUGAGUGUGGGUGCUAAUGGGCAGCUUUCGGUGGUCCUUGUUCUCACAGACUUGCACCUUGUCUUUAAUCGGAACACGUUAGGUUGCUGGCAAAGAGAGUACGAAUCUCGACAGUGUGCGGACGAAAAUCCAUCUACUACAGC